GGCGGGCCCGAUGUGGGCGGCCGGGCUGUUGGGGGCUGCUUCGCCGGCUUCCUCGGCCGGCUGCAGGUCCAGGUCUCGGCCUUCCUCCGGCCCCUUCUCCGACCUCAUGGCGGGCGCCCCGGGGCAGGGGCCGGAGACGGUGACGGUCUGCUCGCCGUCGCCGCCGCUGAGCUGCAGCAAUUCCACCAUGUCACUGUUGUCUCCCCUUGGCCACCAGAGCUUCCCGUUUGACUACGACGAUGGCGACGGGGAGGAUGAGGAGGACGUGGAGGAAGAUGCUCAGGAUUUAGAAGCUAAGGUGGCGAACCUGAGAGGAGUGGAGUUACAGGGGUGCGUCAGCAGUGUGGUUGGGUCAGAAGAUAACCAAGAGCAGAAACAGGUGUGCCUACCCGAAAGCCGCCUGACACCAUGGGAAGUGUGGUUUGUUGGCAAAGAAAAAGAAGAACGUGACCGUCUGCAACAGAAGGCUCUGGAGGAAUUAAAUCAACAGCUAGAAAAAAGAAAAGAAAUGGAAGAGCGUGAAAAAAGAAAGGCAAUUGCUGAAGAAAAGCACAAGGAAUGGGUUCAGAAGAAGAAUGAACAGAAAAAAAAAGAAAGGGAACAAAAAAUUAAUAAAGAAAUGGAGGAAAAAGCAGCAAAGGAGAUGGAGAAAGAACAUUUGCAAGAAAAGGCAAAAGAAAAAUAUCAGGAAUGGUUGAAGAAAAAAAAUGCUGAAGAAUGUGAGAAGAAGAAGAAAGAAAAGGAAAAAGAAAAACAACGGCAAGCUGAAUUACAGGAAAAAAAGGAAAUAGCAGAGAAAAAGUUUAAGGAAUGGUUGGAAAAUGCAAAAAAUAAACCUCGUCCAGCUGCAAAGGGCUAUGGUUAUGCCAACGGAAAACUUACAGAUUUUUACAGUGGAAAUUCUUAUCCAGAACCAGCCUUUUAUAACCCAAUUCCAUGGAGACCCAUUCAUAUGCCUCCUUCCAAAGAAGCUAAGGACCUAUCAGGAAAGAAGACUAAAAGGCCUGUAAUAAGUCAGCCACACAGGUCAUCGUCUCUGGUGGUUCAGAAAGCCAGAAACAAUCUUUGCCUUGGAAGUCUGUGCAGAAUACAAAGAUAGCAGAUAUG